GAAAUAAUCAGUUGAUCAUCAAAGGCAGAUUCCAGCAAAAACAAAUUGAAAAUGUUCUUAGGCGAUAUAUCAAGGAAUACGUUACCUGCCACACUUGCCGCUCCCCUGACACAAUCCUCCAGAAAGAUGCUCGACUCUAUUUCCUGCAGUGCGAGCAGUGUAACUCCCGAUGCUCUGUUGCACCCAUCAAGUCUGGUUUCCAGGCCGUGGCCAACAAGCAACAGAGACAGGCCAUCAGAGCCAGCAAGAAUUAGCAUCCAA